CCCACCACUCAGCUCACCAAAAUCCCACCAAAAUUAAAAUCGCCAAAAAGCGCGCAAAAUUCAUCAGACGAACCAAUACCGUUGUCUAUUUCCAAUUACUGUACCAUUUUCACUGAUUUUCUCCUCGAUUUUGGAGCACUGAGUCUGCUUCGGGAUACUGUACAUUUGUUCGCAUAAUGAUGUUCAAAUACUGACAGACAAGAACAACAUAAAAAUCAGCUACCAUUCUUCUCCGUCACUCACUCAUUUAUGAAAAAUCAGGAUAUUUCUUGAGGAAAAUUAACCAGGUGUUCUUGCUUUGUACACUCCGUCGCUGUCGCGUUGGUGGGUCAGCAUGAUGUCGCCAUGAGAAAGGCCAGAGGCACCUCCUCCACCACUGCAACUGGUGGCGGCGGCGCGGCGGCGGGGAUGAGGGUGAUUGUGCCCUUACAAGGAGUGGUGCAAGGCCGCGGAGGCCUUUUCUUUGGCUCGGUUAUCCCUUGUGCUCUCUUCUACUUCUUGCAGUUGUACCUCAAGAGCCGCGACGGGGAAGGGCGCCGGAACCCGCCUCCUUCAACGCCGGAAACUGAGACCCUUUUGCCGGAGCAUUCUUCUCCUUCUUCUUCUUUUUCUGGGCUGCAAAGGGUGCACUCAAGGUUGCUACUCUCUCCGAGGGGGUCGAGUGGGCCGGCCAACGUGUCGUCUCGAGCCAAUGCUCUUGUUAAACAGAGUGAUGGGCCUUACUAUGUGGGGCUGAAGCGGGUCGAGGAGGACCCCUUUGAUGAGGUGGAGAAUCCGGAUGGUGUUAUCCAGCUUGGGUUGGCCGAGAACAGGUUAUUGUUGGAUUUGAUUCAAGAGUGGCUUGCAGAUCAUGAAGCGGGAUCGAUAAUGAGCAAGCAAUUAAGCAUAACUGGACUUGCCACAUAUCAGCCAUUUGAUGGGUUGAUGGAGUUGAAAAUAGUUGUGGCAGGAUUCAUGUCUAAACUCAUGGAGAGACCACUUGUUUUCAACCCAGAACAAAUAGUAUUUACAGCUGGUGCGACCCCCGCAAUUGAGAUUCUUGCCUUAUCUUUGGCUGAUCCAGGAAAUGCAUUUCUUGUACCAUCACCAUACUGUCCUGAUCUUGAUGGGGACCUCAAAUGGCGGACGGGGGUGGAGAUCAUUCCAGUUCCUUGCCGCAGUGCAGAUGGCUUCAGUUUGAGUACUAAUUCUCUUGAUCGAGCAUUCAACCAAGCCAAAAAACGUGGUCUUAAAGUUCGUGGGAUAAUAUUAUCCAACCCUUCAAAUCCCGUUGGCAUUCUGUACAGCCGUGAAAUACUUUACAGCAUUCUGGACUUUGCUACAGAGAAGAAUAUCCAUAUUAUUUCCAAUGAGCUAUUGGUUGGAUCCACUCAUGGAACUGAAGAGUUUGUGAGCAUGGCAGAAAUCGUUGAUACAGAAGAUAUUGAGAGAAACCGAGUUCACAUAGUUUAUGGACUGUCAAAGGAUCUAUCUCUUCCCGGGUUCAGGAUAGGGCUCAUCUACACUCUCAACGACAAUGUUCUGUCCGCUGCCAAGAAACUAGCAAGAUUUUCAUCUGUUUCAGUCCCUUCCCAGCAUUUGCUUAUCUCCAUGCUAGCAGAUACGAAAUUUGUUCAGCAAAACACUGAGUUUGUAAACGGGUUAAAACAGUUGGGAAUCGAGUGCAUGAAGAGCUCUGGGGGUUUCUAUUGCUGGGCUGAUAUGAGCUGGCUGAUUCGCUCGUACAGUGAAAAAGGAGAGCUUGAGCUAUGGGAUAAACUGUUGAGCAUGGCUAAGAUCAAUGCCCUUCCUGGAUCUUUUUGUCAUUGUGUUGAGCCAGGGUGGUUCGGUUUCUGUUUCACCACAUUAAGUGAGAAUGAUAUUCCUUUAGCUAUGCAACGUAUUCAGGAAGUUACUGAAACCUGUAGAUCGCCUAGUUAAAUUGUUAUUUUUUCAUUGCCUUUUCAGGCUAAACGUUCAGAUUAUAGAUAUACUUAUGUCAAGCUCGUGUAAGUUUCUUGUUGUGCGUCGAGUUUUGAAAGAGCGAAGCUACUGAUCAUUGGAUUGCUGGCCAGCUCUGACAGCGGAUGCGGCAACCUACUGUUCUCCUCUCUCUGCAUUCGACCGUAUUUGUAACGGCUCAGAAUCUGAUCAUUAUAGAUAGGUUGUUUACAGCAGAUGCUAGAUGGAGACAAUCCUUAGGAAAAGUGGGUUUAUUCUUUUUGUGCAGAAUACUAUAUGAAGUUACAAUAUUAUGUUCUUGUACUGUCACUUUGUAUUUAUCCUUCGAGAGUAUAGGCAAUAAUUUGAAAACUGGACAGUUUUUACAUGGAA